GCAGUGAGCGCCACACGAUGAAGCCAUGAGGUGGGGUUUUAUCGACACUGAUAACUAUUACGAUAUCUAAAAGGACAAUUUCUUGAUUUAUCUUCCUGAAAGCACAAUGGCACGAGGAGAGGGCGCCGAGCAGUACGCGGCCAGUUUACUGCCAGUCAAACCCAUAAAGACGGAGAUCAAGACGGUAAAGCCGAAGGACCAGAGAACUCGUCUGACUGUGUGGAAUAAACUGUGCUAUGCCGUCGGCGGGGCUCCCUACCAGAUCACAGGCAGCGCGCUGGGCUUCUUCCUCCAGAUCUACCUGCUGGAUGUGGCUCAGCUGGAUCCCUUCCAUGCGUCCAUCAUCCUCUUUGUGGGCCGGGCCUGGGACGCCGUCACAGACCCCACGGUGGGUUUCCUGGUCAGCCGGAGUAGAUGGACCGGCGUCGGCCGCAUGAUGCCCUGGAUCCUUUGCUCCACACCGUUUGCCGUGCUGACCUACUUCCUGAUCUGGUACGUGCCUCCGUUUGAGCAAGGGAAGGUGCUCUGGUACCUGGUCUUCUACUGCCUCUUCCAGUCCAUGCAGACGUGCUUUCACGUGCCGUAUUCGGCCCUCACUAUGUUCAUCAGCAACGACCAGAAGGAGAGGGACUCUGCCACCGCUUAUCGUAUGAUGGUGGAGGUGCUGGGCACCGUGCUGGGCACAGCAAUCCAGGGACAGAUCGUAGGUGGAGCCUCGAACUGUCCCACUGAGCCUGACGACUUGGACGGCGGAAACUCAACCAAUGCCUCCGUAGUUUCCCUGGAGGAGACGAAACGAGCUUAUAUGCUUUCUUCAGGGAUCAUCUGCAUCAUCUAUGUCCUCUGUGCAACGGUCUUGUUUUUGGGUGUGAAGGAGAAAAAAGAAAACGGGAGUAAGAAAACCCUGCUUACCUUCCGUCAGGGCCUGUGGCUGGUGAUGAGCUACGGGCCGUACGUUAAACUCGUCAUCGGCUUCCUCUUCACCUCUCUGGCCUUCAUGCUGCUGGAGGGAAAUUUUGCCCUUUUCAUCACCUACGCUCUCGGCCAUAGAAAACACUUCCAGAAUAUUCUCCUGGUCAUCAUGCUUUCUGGGACUCUAACCAUCCCGUGGUGGCAGUGGUUUCUGACCCGGUUUGGGAAGAAGAAAGCGGUUUACUUCGGCAUUACGUGGGCAGUACCCUUCAUGAUCCUAAUCAUCUGCAUCAAGAGCAACCUGGUCAUUUCAUACUUGGUCUCAGUGGCGGCGGGUGUGAGCGUGGCGGCAGCUUUCCUUCUGCCUUGGUCAAUGCUUCCCGAUGUAGUGGACGACUUCAAGGUUAAAAACCCAGACAUCCACGGCUGCGAAGCCCUCUUCUACUCCUUCUACGUGUUCUUCAUCAAGUUUGCCUCUGGAAUUUCCCUGGGUGUCUCUACACUCAGUUUGAAAUUUGCCGGCUAUGUGACUGGAAGCUGCUCCCAGCCAGAGGCGGUCAGUUUAACCCUGAAGGUGCUGGUCUCUCCUGUGCCUGUCGUCCUUAUAGCUGUGGGACUGUUGAUAUUGAGGACAUACCCUAUCGAUGAAGAAAGGAGGCAGGGCAACCGAAAAAUACUGCAGGAAAUGCUGGACUCUGAGUCUGAAACUGCAGCACUUGGGAGCGACGUGUAGCCGCGGAGGAUGAGCCGACCACUACAGCCACUUUAACAGGUUUGCACAGGCUGUCCAGGGACAUGGCCGCCAACCAUCUGGACUAACACGGAAGAGACCACACAGACGGCUGCUGCACAAGCGUAACCAGCUCCCACCAGCGGAUCGCACAGGUCCACGUCGCCCUCUAGUGGCCGACCAGUGGCAUCUUCUGUGUGGGACUGUUUUCUGUGGCCUUUAUCUCCAGCUGUGUCCCAAUCAAUAACUCACCUCCGAAAACUAAAAAGCACACACAAUUCGCAAAUCAUUCCAGUGUAUUAUUUUGUCAGGUAGUGUCGAGUCACAGUCCAGGAUUAGUGACUGUUCGUCUUCACUUCCAAAUAUAUACUUUUUCCUUCUGGAGGUUUUCCUUCACUAAAAUGUGAUAAGUUUCACAUUAACAGUGAAGUUUAUGACUUAGCACUUAUCAUGUAAUGCUUGUAUGAAACAUGUUUUGUUCACAAAUCAUAUACAUCACCUAUGAGCUCAUGGCAGCUGUAGUCAUUUUAUCUGAGUGGACUUUUACUAAACGAAGAUAAAAAAGUUGUUUUUCCAAAGAUUUGUGACUUUUAUUGUUUACUGAGCUGUUCCUGUUGCUGCGAUGUUAUUUACCUCGGCGGGUUUGAGCAGCUCCACCAUUUCUUCUGUGCAUUGCAUUGUGGGUAUGUUUACGCCCCAAUGUGAAUGCACUUCGUAUUGAAGUUGGUUGUAUUUGGGACACAGCUUGUGAUGUGUGGUGUUUUUUAUUAAGUAUUUAUUUGUUGGUUUACUAAACCUUCACUCGACCGGAGUGUGAUACUUUGGUGUUUAAAAUGUCUGAGGUCACUUGUGUUCAGACAGGGCUCUGAAGGAAACAUACAGCAUCCGCCCUUAUUUAUGAAGGGCAUACCAGCACUGUUCCACUGAUUGGAGUUGUAUGGCGCCAUCUAACAACAAAAAGUGUACUUGAAUCUUCUGACGGGGAAAAGGCACCUCGUGGUAUAAUGUACUGUGUCUGAAUCACUGCCUUAUACACAUCUUGAUUACGUUCUGCUGAACUUGUUUUUCAGAUUAUUUUCCUUUUCAGCAACUUGAGCCAAUCUUUCAGGUUUAGACUUUUCUGAAUGUGCUUUCACUGCAAAGUCAACUCCAGUAAGAUGUCCUUUCAUCUAGCAUCUCCUCACAUCCCAAAGGGAAGGAAAUGCUUUAUUUAACUAUUUAUUUAAACAAACUAUCUUGAGGGAUUGUCAUUUUGCGUGUAUAAAAGCACAUGUGUCUAAUGUAUUAACAGUGAAUGGUUGUUGAUGGGUAUGUGAGUGAUUUUCAAUUCAUUUUUUCAAAGACAAGACAAAAAGCACAAAUUGCUAUAAUGUGAGAAACAAGCUUCCUCUGCUGGUGUUGUGACUUAAAAUAAGCUGCAUCAACCCAAUUUAUUUAUAUUCUAAAGUUAACAGAGGACAUUUGCCACAUUAGAUGGCUUGAUUUAACCUCACAUACUUAUUGGUUAAGUUAUUAAAGAUUUCAGAGACAUUUCUUUAAAAUGGGAUAUAAUCCUGCAUAGUUUUCCUUUUAAUAUUGCUCUGUAAAGAACAUUACAUCUCCCUGGGGUGUUUAUAUGCUGUUAUAUGUAUAAUAUGUAAAUAUCUUUUUCCAAGUUGCAUCAGCAAAGAGAUUCAUUCAUGUGCUGUACAUUUGUAAUUUUAAGUCUGUGAAUAAAGUUUGCCAAAACAAA